AUGGCCGAAGCACUAAUUACUACUGCAACCCGCAUGUACCCCAUCUUCGUCAUCCGGAGAGCGGCGGGUCUUUGCUCAGGCCAUGCAAAAUACGCGUCGCAGACUGGCACUCGGCUGAAUCGCAUGGCUGACUGCCCCAUUGUUUCUCACAAUGUUCAAGGCUUCGAGGCCAGUCGUGGCCGCAUGAGUCGUGCGCAAUUGGUUGUGACCUGCACCGCCGCGAGGCUUGCUGCCUUCCCCGCAUUCUCAACACCUGGCGGUCGAGCCUCGCAUGCAGCUAAGAAAGCCUGGACACCUAAUCCGUACCACGGUUGCCGGCUUUGCGCGCGCCUACGCCUGGCCGUUGAACCUCUGCUUACGGCGAGCACAGUAGACGCGGCGCGCAUCAUGGCCGGCGCUGCAGUGGCUGAGAGGCAAAAUUGUUUUUACGACCCCUAG